AUGGUCAAUGUCGUCUCGGUGGUCGAGGCUCGCGGCAUCACAGCACAGGAGAACAUUCACUCAGCUCAAGAACAACCAGCGGCCAACGACGCGGGCCAUGUCGUGACCGCAAUCGAGUUCCAAGACUGUGCGACGUUCUACCGUCCGGACAACUUGGUGCUCCGCCAAGACAACCCGUACUCCUUGUUGGCGGACCAGGAGGACGACACGAAUGAUGACGACAUGGGCGGCUCGGUGAUGACACCGCUCCGCGUCCACUGCUCGACCGACUCCACGCCAGCUGCCCGCUACAAACGGCACGUCAGCACCGACGACGACGACUACAAAGCGCUUCAAGAAGCCUUGGAGACGAACGCAUCCAAGACCGCCGUGAUUGCGGCGACGAUCAACCAAUCACCGCACUUCUUCAUGACGCUGCUUAACCAGGAACCCGAGUCGGCUACACCACUUGGUCACGUGCGCACGUUGCAACGGUAUGUCGCGACGCGUGCUUCGUCUAUGCCCGAACAAGACGCUCUGCACAAGCUUGACCAGCUGCUCAACACCGACAGCCACCCGACGAGUAUGGUCCGAAGCCUCUUCGGCGACGGAGUAGGGCUCACGGCACGUGUCGCUCUCGCUGACUUCGACCUCGUCCUCUUGAUGCUUGCUCCCGAACUCUACUCAAACGACGCUGCCAUUGGCCACUUCAUCAACGCAGUGCCAUCGCGGCUUCGCCAAGACAUGCUCACGGACUGGACGCUCGCGCAGCUGCUGCAAUGCCCGGCCGACGUUACUAAGGUGGCUGCAACCGCUGCCGCCCGGCGUCCUCCGGCCGCCACCACUGCACCGUCUUCGCUUCCGUCUCUGUCUAUCUGCUCGCUCAACACCAACAACAUCACCAACAAGAUCUCGUACAUCCUCAACACAUUCUCGCUCUCGCAUGACGUCGCCUUCUACCAAGAGACGCGUUUUCCAAACAUCAACAAGCAGGACUCUGCGGCUAACGCCUGGUCUUCAAGGACAAACGGCGAUGGUCGCUGGUUUUGCUGCUCUCCUCGCUUCCCCUUGACGCCAACGGGUCUGUCGUGCCGUGGCGUUGCCACCACGGUACACCCGACAAGCGCGCUUCACGACCUCCACAUCGUCGCUGGUCAUGACGCGCCACCACUCGUCAACCGCUAUCUCCUCGUCUGCGGUCGUCUCGAUGAUCGCACAGUUUACCUACACAACGUCUACGCGCCGGCCGAGCCCCCAAACCGACCGGCAUUCUUCGACGCACUGCCGCGUGACUUUGCAGCCGACGCGUUGCACAUCAUCGGUGGCGACUUCAAUGUCACACUCAGCGAUGCUCUCGACGUCUCCAACCCAUCUGCUGCAACUCGUCGCGGCCGUCGCGAGCUCAUCAGCUGGCUGAACGCGCUUGCGGUGGUCGACAUCUUCCGUCAUGUCAACCCGACACUCUGCUCGUACACCAGCCCGACUACGAAGACACGUAUUGACUACAUUUUCGUCUCGCGCCCACUCGUCGACGCACCACAUGUCGUGGCACGUCAUGUCUUUGGCACUACCAAGUCGAACCACGCCGCCGUUGCCGCCCAUAUCGCCGAUACGACGCCGGCCGGGAAAGGGCCUUGGAAGAUGCCACCUUGGCUUCUCGAUGACCCCGAGGCUGCCGACACGAUUCACGCGCAUCUUGACACGUUUCUCGCGACAGCACGCCUCGACGAAGACCUUGGCAGACAUUACGACACCAUGCUCUUCUCGCUUCGCCAUCAACUCUGCCUGCUGCACGCGGUACGCGUAGCUGAAGACCGCGCAGAACUCAAGGAACUGGAACGCCGCUUUGCUCAGUCGAUGUACGAUCUCAGCCGGCAUUGA